AUGUCUCGAGACUCGGCGUCCACUGCUAGCUCGACCUUUGCCUUUGGCCCUGGCACCGGUGCCUUCUCCAACAAUUCUACUUCGAGCCCAUCCAGCCGCCGUUCCUCCGCCAGCCUCGCCGCAGGAACCGAAAAGUUCAGUCGACUCGGCCAGGGUCUCCCCACCGUCGCUGAAAUCGAACAGCACCACACACCCGAACGUCCUUCCCUUCGACACAACUCUUCGUCAAACUCUUCCAAUGCUUCAACAGCAACCUCUAUCAGCACCGCUGCCUCCAGCACCAGAUUGUCGGUUGUCGGCGGAGGAAGUGGUCCUGUCUCAGCCUCUGGUGGCAACAACCUCGUCUCAGGAACAUCGUCCAUUGGUAACAGCGGUGGCCCUCCUCCUGCCUCAGGAAACAACUCCCAACGUGGCCACGUUCGCUCGAAAUCAAUGAAGGAGCAGCUCGCCCAUUUUGGCCAGGAAAACAACAAGGAUAGCGCCCCCAAGACGCUCCAGUCCCUUCAGGAUAUGAUUAGCUCCCUCAAGACCCUCCCCGCCGUCAACAACUAUAACACUAACAGCAACAACAACACCAACAGUUCGUUCGACCAGCAGGGGCAGCAGCAGCAAGGACAGCAGCAGGGACAACAGCAGCAGCCUCUCCCUCGCCAUGAGAAACGGCAAUCAAUGUCAUCGUUGCCCUCUCGCACCUCCAUGAGUCACUUGAAUGCUGCCAGCGGGCUUAGUACCAUCCCUGCUGCCAAAGAGUCUCCAAGCACGAACAGCAACUCAACUACCCUCCAUAUCUCCCAACCUCCCCGCGGUACUACCAUCGAGAAUGCCCUCCAGUCCACCGUCGCCACACUCCGCCGUCUCUCCGUCUCGGACUCUAAGCGUCCCGUUAUCCCAGGAGUCACCACCAACAAGACGGAUGAUUCGACCGCGUUGGACCCUGCUCGAAAGGCCAACAACCGACGUUCUGUUGUCUUGCCUCAAGAGAUGGGUUCCUUCGGUGCCGGCUCAACCGACUACAACGAUCCCUCCAAGCAGCGAAACCGCCGAUCUAUCCUCCUCAAUUCGGCCGAGAGUCCCUUCUACACCCCCCCUGCCUCAGAGACACCCCCUGCCUCCACUGGAUAUCAGCCCAAUCGCCGUUCGGUCAUCAUCCGUCCCGAAGAGGUCGCCGCCCUUCAGGAGGGACGCUCCUACGCCCCUCGUACCACCUUUGACUCUGACGACGAAGAAGCAGACGCUGUUGCAGAUGCCUUAUCAGCCCUCGAGGGCAAAGGUAGUAUGGGACACCGUUCCAGUCUCUCUGCCAACAAGGCCCCCCACCGUCGCUCUAUCUCCAAUGUCGACCUUGGGUCGUUGGCUGAGUUCGCAUCAAAGUUGCCCAGCCACAUGCAGCCUGGCUCUGGUUCGGCGGCCUUUCAAAACUUUGGGCAGAGUCAGGUCAAUAACGAUGACAUUGACCGUCGUCGUUACACCACUGCCUUCAAUUCCAUGACUCCCUCUCGCACUUCGGUUCUCGCCCCAGGAUUGACUUCCACUACCACCGCCAACCGCCGACUUUCAUCCAUGGCACCAUCCAAGGAUCUGGACCGCAAGGACUGGCGCAUGUACAAUGCUAACGGCCGUCGUCCCCUCUUCAUGGCCCACCUGACCUAUUCCGACUUUCAUUCGUUGCUGACCAAGCAAAAGCACAAGUACGUCCAAGGAGUCCUCAGGAUCAACAAGAGGAACCGCUCUGAUGCCUAUGUCACUGUCGACUCACUUCCUGAGGGCGAUGUCUACAUUUGCGGAAGCAAGGAUCGCAACCGUGCACUGGAGGGUGAUGUGGUCGGCAUUGAAUUGAUUGACUUUGAGGACAUGCCUCAACAAAAGCUCGAGGGUGGCAAGGAGAAGAAAAAGUACAAGCGCUCAGAGGAUGUUGAGGAGGCAGGCGAGGCCGACGUCGAGGACAUCAAGCCAAAGUACUGCGGCCGUGUCGUCUCCAUUGUCGAGCGUUCUCUCGUCCAGAUGUUUUCAGGAACCUUGACCCUCCAGCGUCCCAGCGGAUCGACCAAGAAGAACGAGCGUCGCCGACAGGAUGAUGACGAUCACAAGGGUCAACCUCGUAUUGUUUGGUUCAAGCCCACGGACAAACGCGUGCCCUUGAUCGCGAUCCCUAUCGAUCAAGCCCCUGCUGACUUUGUCGACAACCAUGCCUCAUACGCCCACAAACUGUUCAUCGCGACCAUUAAGCGCUGGCCUUUGAGCUCUCUUCAUCCUUUCGGUCACUUGGAGCGUGAGCUCGGCGACAUUGGCAACAUUGAGAUUGAGACAGAGGCGCUUUUGGCAGACAACAACAUCACAACCUCAGCCUUUGGUGAAAAGGUCGAAAAGUGCCUGCCAGAGCUUCCCUGGAGCAUCCCCGACAAGGAACAGGGAGCCCGUCGUGAUUUGCGCCAAAGCUGUACCUUCACCAUCGACCCUGCAACUGCCAAGGAUCUGGAUGAUGCUGUGUCGUGCGUCCGCUUGGAAGACGGUACCUUCGAGGUCGGAGUUCACAUUGCUGACGUAUCGCACUUUAUCAAAGUCGGAUCUGCACUUGACAGAGAAGCAAAGUCAAGAGCCACCACUGUCUAUCUUGUGCAGAAGGCUAUCCCUAUGCUUCCCAACGUUCUCAGUGAGGAUCUCUGCAGUUUGAUCGCCAAUGUUGACCGCUUGACCUUCUCCGUCUUUUGGAGAAUGUCCGAGGCAGGAGAUAUCUUGGAGACCACCUUUGCCAAGACCCUCAUCCGCUCAUGCGCCCAGCUUUCCUAUGACGAUGCCCAGAGAGUCAUUACCACCGGCGCUUUGGAUCCCAAGGUCCAGGUCUUUGACCACCCUCGCGCCACCGUCGAAGACAACAUCAAGACCUUCUUUAAAUUGUCACAAAUUCUUCGCCAAAGGCGUUUCGACAAUGGCGCGCUCUCGGUCAACUCGAUCAAGUUGGCUUUCGAGACCGACAACAUGCAGAACCCUCUGGAUGCGACUGUGUUUGAGCUCAAGGAGAGCAACCGUUUGAUUGAAGAGUUCAUGUUGCUCGCCAACAUGAGUGUCGCCAAGCAGAUCUUUGACUUUUUCCCCGAGCAAGCCCUUCUCCGUCGCCACGAGGAACCCCUCGAGAAGCGCAUGGCCGACUUUAUUCAGCACAUGAAAAAGAUUGGAAUCGAGCUCGAUGCCUCGAGCGCCGGCGCUCUCCAGACGUCGAUGGACGCCAUUCAGGACCCGGAUGUCCGCAAGGUCAUCCGCCUCUUGGUGGUCAAGCCUAUGCACCGCGCCAAGUACAUCUGCAGCGGCGUUCUCCCUCCGACAAGAUACCACCACUACGCCCUCAAUACCCCUCUCUACACACAUUUCACAUCGCCCAUCCGUCGCUACGCCGAUAUCAUUGUCCAUCGUCUUCUGGAGGCAUCCUUGACUGGAGGUGAGUUGCUGGCCAACGUCUCGUUUUACCUGAACAAGGAGUCGUGCCAAAAGAGCGCUAACCAAUGUAAUCUCCGAAAGGAUGCCGCCAAGUUGGCCCAGGAGCAGAGCAAUCACCUCUAUCUGAGUGCUCUCCUGAAGCACUUGACCGAGUCCAAGGGAGAGGUGGUUCGGGAUGCGAUUGUCGUUCAAGUCAUGGAUAACGCGUUCGAUGUUCUCGUGCCCGAGUUUGCACUUGAGAAGCGUAUCCACCUCGAUCAAUUGCCGCUUGAGAGCUUCUACUGGAACGAAGAGAUGGAUGUGUUGAAGCUUUACUGGGGUACUCAGGCCUUCAAGACCGCGGACGAUGAGCAGGCGGAUGGCCUGGCUAGCAGGAGGCAGUCGCUGUCCCCCAACCAGCCCUUGUCCCUUCAGAAUGCUGCAGAGCCCGACUUUAAGCCUCGCGCUGGAGGAUUUCACGCCAUGGAUCAUCCCGACGAUGCCACCAACGCCUACGAUGACGAGCGCGGAUUGUUUGACGACGACAGCGAUUAUGACGACGAUGAUGGUCGUUCAGCUCCUCGCUCCUCGGAUGCCAAGGGUGCAGACGACGCGAGCGAUGAACUGGCUCAUAACCUGAGCAAGGUCAAGACGUUUGGCCACGUCCAGGUCCUCAUCUCAGCCGAGAUGAACGUGUCGCCUCCCGUUAUCAAGGUUAUCCCUUUGAAUCCCUUUGCCAAGUCGACCUAG